AUUAAAAUGUCGACUCUCAGUUUUGUUACAUAUGAAGAACUCAUUGGGAUGUUUUAAUUAUAAAACUAUCAAAAAUAGUUUUAGAAAGAGUAUUCUAAAGAGUGGUAGGAGUAGGAAAUAUUAAAAUUUAAAAGAUUCAUGAGAAGAAAUAAGAAAAUUAAGAAGGAUAAAGUAUUUUUUCAAUAUCAAUCUUAAUUUAUACAAACAAAAAGUUAUAAACAAUGUCGAAAAUUUUUAAGAGAUUGCAUAAGAAAACUACUUGAUAAAUUUAGAUAUGAAAUACUUAAAAAUCAAGAAAUUUUAUACUGUUUUGGACCCUUACACCCUAAUUUUGAGUUCGUUGAGACUGAAAAUAGUUUUAAAAUGAGAAGAAUUAGUACAAAAUCUAUCGAAUAGAACAAUAAAGAUGAAGAUAAAGCAUCUAUCGCAUCUUCGUAAUGACUUUAAUAUUUUGAUUAU